CACUUCAUUUGACUGUUACCUCACAGUGUAGCUUGUCUUUCUUUACCCUUGACAGCAACUUUAAUGUAGACUGUCUCAGCGGGGGUUGUAGGUGUUACAGAGACACUUCUGAGUAAUAAUUACGUAGUAAAGAAGAUGGCUUUUCUGUUCUGCGAUGCCUUUUGGGGUACUGACUUUACUGACCAGUCAGGAUAUGAGGCGAUAUUGCAGAGGUUACAGGAUGGCAGACACAUGUGCAAAGAUGUAGAAGAACUGUUGAAAAUGAGAGCACUAGCGGAGGAGAAGUACGGACGAGACCUGGUGGCAAUUGCUCGGAAGGCAGAAGGUCAAACCGAGAUUGGAACAUUAAAGGCAUCGUUUGACAAGUUAAAAGCAGAAAUUGAGAAGACUGGAAACCUGCACAUCCAUCUAUCUGAAAGGAUAAAGGAGGAAGUUCAGAAAAUAGAGGCAUUUCGAGAGCACCAGAGGGAACAGAGAAAAAAGCUUGAAGAGAUUAUUGAAAAACUUCAGAAGCCUAAAAUGCUGUUGCACAAGAAGACCAUCGAGUCAAAACGGUUAUAUGAGCAGAGGUGUAAGGAGGCAGAAGAGGCUGAGCAAGCAGUGGGGAAGAAGACAAAUGUGACCACCUCCAUCCACCGGCAAUCAGAAAAGGUGAUGAACAGAGCCCGAUUAUGCAGGCAGGCAGCCAACCUGGCAGAAAAGCAGUACAAAACGAAUGUCGAUCAAUUUGAGAAAACUUGCCAGGACUGGGAGCGCACAUACAGGAGUGCAUGUGAGGUGUUUCAGCAACAGGAGUCUGAGCGCAUUAAUAUCUUGCGCUGUGUGUUAUGGGAUCAUUGCAAUCUGCUGUCCAUGCAGUGUGUCCAGGAUGAUGACUGCUAUGAGGAAGUAAGAAAGCUUUUAGAGCAGUGUGACAUCAUCACUGACAACAACUGCUUCAUUAAAAUGAAAAAGACGGCCUGUCGUCCUCCAGCUCCCAUUGAGUUUCAGAGUUACUCUGACGUGGACGCUAAUGGAGGAGUCAGGAGGCUUGAAACGAAAAGAUUAUCUGUCAUUCUUCCAGGGAUGUCUUUCAGUGGGUAUCCUGAAGCAGGCAGUAAUUCGGCUGGAACGUACACAUCAGCUCAACAAACAGGAGGAGUAACUGAGAAGCACAUGGUGUUAUAUGAUUUUAAAGCUCAGGAAGAUGAUGAACUGUCUGUCAGUAAAGGACAAGUUGUCACAAUCACUGAGCAAGGCGAGGAUGGGUGGUGGAGAGCAUGGAGGGAUGGAAUAUCCGGGCUGGUCCCUGGAACGUACUUGACCAAAAUUUCACCACAGAGUUACAGUACACGUCUUGCUGCUGCUCAUCCUGAACAUAAUCCCAUCAAAUAGAAUUUAGUAGUCAUUACACUAAGUCUGUGAAUUAGUUCAGCAUGCAAAUUGAUGUAGAGUGAUUAUAUCAGUGUACUAGCAGUACAUCAUAUUAGCUGUAUGAAAGAUAUUAGCUUUCUCGA